AUGUAUUCAGGGGCUAUCGUGAUGACCGACGGUGAACGUAUUCUCGGUUUGGGAGAUCUUGGCGCUUAUGGUAUGGGCAUCCCGAUCGGAAAACUAUCCCUGUACACCGCUUUGGCCGGUGUGCACCCUAAACAUUGCCUGCCGAUUCUGUUAGAUGUGGGAACGAAUAAUACUACUCUACUGAAUGCGGCCCUUGUGCAACACGAAUAUUAUAUUGUGGGAUACGGUCGAGACUGUCUAAUUCAGUUCGAAGAUUUCGGUAAUCACAACGCGUUUCGUCUGUGGCAACGAUAUCGAGAUGAAUAUUGCACAUUCAAUGAUGAUAUUCAAGGUACGGCCGCUGUGGCUGUGGCAGGGCUGCUUGCUGCCGGUCGUAUGACUCAGCGCAAACUUAUGGAUAAUGUUUAUCUGUUUGUGGGAGCUGGUGAGGCCGCAACGGGAAUCGCCGAAUUGUUGAUGAACUCAUUGGCAUUGGAAUGCGGAUCUAAGGAGGAAGCUCGAAAACGUAUAUUCAUGUUUGAUAAAGAUGGGCUGCUUGUUGAGAAUCGUUCCGAGGGUAAUUUGACCGAUCAUAAUCGAAAAUUUGCUCACAAAUGUCAACCGAUGCGAGAUUUGCUCCAGAUUGUCAAGGUUCACAAACCCACCGCUAUCAUCGGUGCCUCCGGUCAACGUGGUCUGUUCACGCGUCCAAUCUUGGAACAAAUGGCGAAAAAUUCCGAUCGACCAAUCAUUUUCGCCUUGAGCAAUCCGACCUCGAAAUCCGAAUGUACUGCGGAGGAAGCGUAUACUGUGACAGAAGGGCGAUGCGUUUUCGCGAGUGGAUCACCAUUCGGUGCGGUCACCAUGGAUGUCGGUGGGGUGAAAAAAACAUUUCAACCGGGCCAAUGUAAUAACUCUUAUAUUUUCCCCGGUGUCGGUUUGGCAAUCACCGCGUGUCGCAUUCGACCUGUGCGGAAUGAGUUGUUUGUGUAUGCCGCACAGUGCCUGGCGGAACAAGUGUCCGAAACUGAUUUUGAAUCCGGUCGUGUGUUCCCUCCACUGAAGACAAUUCGUCAUGUGUCACUGAAAAUUGCUGAACGUGUUGCGGAGCGGGCUUACGAGGAAAAUCUGUGCAAAUUGCUUCCAAAACCGAAGGAUUUGACAUGGCAUUUGGUGCACAACAUGUAUAAUCCGGACUACCUCGAUUCAGUCCCCGACACAUACGAAUGGCCGCCUGAGGCCCAUGGAUUAGACCGCUAG